AAUGGAAAAGGAGUGGUGGUGGUUGUUAUCAAUUUUAUCACAAUAGAUAACCAAUAAAAGCCUUUUGUUGUGUACUUGAACAGCGAUAAAGGGCGCGGAGAUAAUAUGUUUUUAAAAACAGAUAUACUCAAAGCGAUUUCAUUCAGAAGCCAUGUAAAGUUACCGCUGUCGUAUUGGUUGCUGGUUGCUCUUCGAUUUGCUCUCACAUUAUUACCUCAGCGCGGCUACAUACAUCCAGAUGAAUUCUUCCAGAAUGUUGAAGUUAUGGCUGGAGACAUCCUCACGGUGGAAGUCGCUCGGACCUGGGAAUUCAAUCCCAAGUUUCCGAUUAGAAAUAUAUUUGUACCAAAAAUGAUAUUGGGCCCACCGCUCCACUUAAUCCGUGUGGCAAAUCCAUACACAAAAGGAUAUUUGAACAUAGAUCUGAAAACCCCCUAUUAUUUGCUAGUCAUCCCACGAAUCUUUAUUUGUCUUCUUUCUCUUAUAAACGACUAUUGUUUAUACAGAAUUUGUGUGGUAUAUGGACAAAAUUUUAGAAAUCGACUAAAAAUAUUUGCUAGCUCCUAUGUUGUUUUUGUUUAUUGCUGUAGAAGCUUUUCGAACACUUUUGAAAUGAUGUUCUUUUCAAUGUUACUGCUGAUUGUUGCGGAAUGCAUGUUCAAAUCUGAUAAAAUAAUAUAUCAUGAUGAGUUUCUCCGGGAAAAAUAUAAAGAGGCUAAAUCUGCUGUAGAAAAAGUUAAACUAUUUAAACUAUCAACGCAUUUACCAGAGCAUUCUUUAAAUCAUGUGGUAUUUCUUUCCACAUUAGUAACAAUUGGAAUAUUCAACCGUCCAACCUUUGUUGGUUUUGCAUUCCCGCCUAUAUUUUUUUGGCUCCAUAGAGGACUAGGCUCCAAGGUUGUAGGCUUUAAGGAUUUUCAUUACCGGAUAUUUAUGCUUAUUAUAUGUAGCAUUCCAACUGUUGUAAUUUUGAUAAUUGUAGAUUCAAGUUACUAUGGGUAUCUUACAAUGGCAGAUAUAGAGUCGCUUAAAAUAUCAUGGGACAAUUGGGUUGUUACUCCAUUAAACUUCUUGAGAUAUAAUUCUGACAUGGGGAACCUGAACCAGCAUGGACUCCAUCCGCGAUGGCUGCACCUGGCUGUGAAUAUACCGUUGCUGUUCAACGUCCUGGGUAUACUGGCUAUCUUCACACUAGCAGGACAUGCAUACAGAUUCAUAAGAGGCCAGUACAGCAAGCUGCCUAGAAUCCAGAGCAUCACAGGGCUGAUGCUGUUCUCCCUGAUCACUCCAGUGGCUCUGCUCUCACUGUUCCCCCACCAAGAGGCGCGCUUCAUCAUUCCGGUCCUCGUGCCCUUGGUAUAUCUCUUCGGGAACCACCUACACGGCAACGAGAGCGACGGACCGCAACGCAGAAAACUGAAGAAUUUUCUGCGCUACAGCUGGUAUACCUUUAACAUAAUACUUACAGUUUUCUUCGGAUUCGUUCACCAGGGAGGGUUAUACCCCUUUACCAACAAUCUUCAUCGCGAAAUAAAACGCACAUACGGAACUCACACGCAUGUUAUCACAACACACAGCUACAGCAUACCGACGUUUCUACUUCAACUGGAAAGUACUACAAAAGUGUUUAAAGACAAAACAACUGGACAUAAGUACAGACUUGCUCCAACAACAUUUUUAUACAAAUAUGGCUCGAUGCCGAUGGAUGAGCUUUUUACAAAAAUAGACGAAGUUUUAACAGAAGCAGAGAUGAUGCUACAUAAAUAUAAGAAAAAAUAUAGGUUUUACGUGGUUUCUCCUUGUGCACUGGAGAGACGAAUACUAGAGACUGCCAGUAAUUACUACUACAUUGACAUCGCGGAAGAAUUUUCGCACUACCCACAUUUUUGCACCGAGGCGCUACCCGCUUUUCCCAGUAAUCGGGAUCAAUUUUGUUUAGAAAAUAGUUUGAUGCGUAAAAAUGUGUCUCAUGUUUUAGAUCUGACUAUGUACGAGAGAUUUGCUUGUUAUUUGGAAAAGUUUUGCCUUAAAGUUUAUAGAGUUAGCCCAGCGAAAAACCACCCUUAGCGAAUAUGAUAGAAGUUUACUUUUGUCAAUUUUACUAAAUAUUUCGUUAAGCAAUACUACAUAGCAUAUUAUUAUUUUAAACAUGUGUAUACAAUAUACGUAAAAAUUUAAAAUUAAUAUUACAGUACAAAGCUAGGAUGAAAAGAUAAUACAUAUUAAUGAACCUCGGCCGUAAUCACUAUUAUACCAUACAAUUAAUUAGUUUACUACGUAUGGUGUAGGUAUGAUAAAUAUGCUAUAAAUCUUGCUGCUUAUCUUUUGGUGACAAAUAAAUCAUAGGCACCUACUAACGUAACGUGUUUAGUGUGUAGCUUGUCUAAAAUUACCAUUUUGUUUGAAUUGUUGUAUAGUUACUCAUUUAAUUUUAUAUUUUGAUUGCUCAAUAAUGUCGUUAUAGAUCUGUAUGUUAUAAUAUUUAUAGUAUCGGUCAAAGACGUUUUUUAUUUUAACAGCGCUCGCGCAUGAGCGACUUUUGUCACCGUGGCAGAAUGUCUCUUAAAUUACAUGCUCUCUGUGACGUCUCUCUUUUUCUCUUUAUAAAGGUGUAA